AUGGCGACGACCCGCGCUGCCCACGCCCUCCUCCUGCUGCUGCUGGUGUGCCCGCCGGGGCUGCGGCGGGGGGCGCGGGGCGGCGGGCAGCGCCCGCGGGGCUGUCCGGCGCCGUGCCGCUGCGAGCUGGACGGAGUGCUGCUCCGCGCCGACUGCUCCGACCGCGGCCUCACCGCCGUGCCCGCCAACCUCAGCGUCUUCACCUCCUACCUUGAUCUCAGUAUGAACAACAUUACUAAGCUGCCCUCAAACCCUGUGCACAACCUCCGCUUCCUGGAAGAGCUACGUCUUGCAGGAAAUGGCUUGACAUACAUUCCUAAGGGAGCAUUUGCUGGCCUUUUCAGUCUUAAAGUGCUGAUGCUGCAGAAUAACCAGCUACGCCAGGUUCCUACCGAAGCACUCCAGAACCUGCGCAGCCUGCAGUCUCUGCGUCUGGAUGCCAACCACAUCAACUAUGUACCCCCCAACUGCUUCAAUGGCUUGGUCUCCCUUAGACACCUGUGGCUAGAUGAUAAUUCCUUGACAGAAAUUCCCGUCCAAGCUUUUAGGAGUUUACCAGCACUUCAGGCAAUGACGUUGGCACUGAAUAAAAUUCAUUACAUACCGGACUAUGCCUUUGGAAACCUCUCCAGUCUGGUAGUUCUACAUCUCCAUAACAAUAGAAUCUAUUCCCUGGGAAAGAAAUGCUUUGAUGGGCUCCACAGCCUAGAGACAUUAGAUUUAAAUUACAACAGUCUGGAUGAGUUCCCCACUGCUAUCAGGACACUAACAAACCUAAAAGAACUGGAUCUGUCUUAUAACCUGCUGGAAGAUUUACCCUGUUUUACUGCGUGUAAAAAACUCCAAAAAAUUGACUUGCAUCACAAUGAAAUCGCUGAAAUCAAAGCAGACACGUUUCGGCAGCUGGCUGCACUUCGGUCUCUGGAUUUAGCUUGGAACAAAAUUAAAAUUAUUCACCCCAAUGCUUUCUCCUCUUUACCAUCUCUGAUCAAAUUGGAUGUGUCAUCCAACCUUUUGUCCUCUUUUCCUGUGACGGGGCUACAUGGUUUAACUCAUUUAAAAUUAACAGGAAAUCAUGCCCUACAAAGUUUGAUAACAUCUGAAAAUUUUCCAGAACUCAAGGUCAUGGAAAUGCCUUAUGCCUAUCAGUGCUGUGCCUUUGGAGCUUGUGAGAACCACUACAGAAUCUCCAGCCAAUGGAACAAAGAUGAUAAUAGCAGCAUGGAUGACUUCCAUAGAAAGGAUGCUGGACUGUUACAAAUUCAAGAUGAACGUGAUUUUGAGGAUUUUUUCCUUGACUUUGAAGAAGAUUUGAAAUCACAUCAUUCAGUGCAAUGCUCACCCUCUCCAGGUCCCUUCAAACCGUGUGACCAUCUGUUUGGUAGCUGGCUGAUCAGAAUUGGCGUGUGGACCAUAGUGGGUUUGACCUUUGUUUGCAAUGCACUGGUGUCCGCUACAGUUUUCAGAUCUCCAUUGUAUAUGUCCUCCAUAAAACUUUUGAUUGGUUUAAUAGCCAUUGUAAAUGCCCUGAUGGGUCUGGCCAGUGGAGUACUGGCUAGUGUGGAUGCAUCCACUUUUGGUAGCUUUGCUCGGUAUGGAGCACAAUGGGAAAGUGGAAUUGGUUGCCAAAUAACUGGUCUUCUCUCAAUUUUUGCUUCAGAGGCUUCCAUAUUACUCCUUACCCUAGCUGCACUCGAACGUGCGUUCUCUGUAAAGCAUGCUGCAAAGUUUGAAACAAAAUCCUCCAUUGCUAGCGUAAAAAUUGCCACUUCCUUUUGCUUUAUGUUGGCACUAAUCAUUGCAGUGAUUCCCCUUCUCACUGGAAGUGAGUAUGGAGUUUCUCCGCUUUGUUUGCCGCUCCCAUUUGGAGAGUCCACUGCUAUGGGCUACAUGGUAGCCCUGGUAUUGCUGAACUCCCUUUGCUUUCUGGUAAUGACUGUUGCUUAUACAAAGCUCUACUGUAGUUUAGAAAAGGGAGAGCUAGACAACAUUUGGGAUUGCUCUAUGGUCAAACAUAUAGCCUUGCUACUUUUUACUAAUUGCAUUCUUUAUUGCCCUGUGGCCUUCUUAUCUUUUUCCUCCUUACUAAACCUCACUUUUAUCAGCCCAGAAGUGAUUAAGUCAAUACUUCUAGUGAUUGUCCCACUGCCAGCAUGUCUAAACCCACUGCUUUAUAUACUUUUCAAUCCACAUUUUAAAGAGGAUUUGGGAAGUCUGCGAAAGCAAACUUUGAUAUGGAGGAGAUCAAAACAUGCUAGUCUGAUCUCUGUGAAUUCAGAAGACAUAGAAAAGCAAUCUUGUGACUCAACACAGGCACUGGUAACCUUCACGAGUGCCAGCAUAUCAUAUGAUAUGCCCACCAGCAGUUCACUAAUGCCACCCUCUUAUCAAAUGACAGAGGGCUGCAAUCUUUCGUCAGUUGCAUUUGUUCCCUGUCGCUAGUUGCAGAAACAGUACAAAAAAUACCUCUGUUUACAAAUUUUUUAAUCCCAAAAGUAAGUGUGGAUGUGUGCAUAUGGGUGUAGAGAGUGCCUCUAAAUUAUUAUGACACACCUCAGAAAACAGACAACGACAAAACUUGCGGCAGGAUGAAAAUCCAAUACUUGAUUCUGCUCAGCCUGCUCCCGAAAUGCUGAGAUGAAGAGAGGAAAUUAAAGCUGCUGAAGUUUGAGCAGUUGUAUCAGCUGUUCUCAUUUAAAGUAGCACUACUCAGAAAGGGCAUCAGUUUUGGUUGAGAACAAAAUAGCAUAUUAAAUUUGUAUCAUUUUUUCAAAGUAUGACCUGAUGUUUUCAGGGGUUGGGUUAUUUUUUUCCUGUUUAUUGCAAUUUGGUUUUAAUAAUAGUUUUUCAGUGCCAUGAUUGUUUUUGUAAGCAUCUGUGUGUGGCCUUUGUUCAGCAAGGUAUCAAGAACAGAAGAGUAGUCCUGCUCAAGUCCUAAAGGCUUCUGCAGAACACCCUUUGAUGAAGUUCCAUGAUUGAUAAAGCUGAUUAAAUGGUUUAACUGGCAUUGGGUUUGGACUUAGGAAGUCAUUUAACUUGACAAAACAAUUUUAAUUGUCAGCAAAAGCUAGAAAAUUAACAUGAUGUGAAAGAAGAUAAUCAAAAUCCUGUUAAGCAUUUAAAAUGUAAUUGUAAAUGGCAAGGCAUUGUCACAUGGAUUUUUUUCUUAUGAGGUUCUGUACAAUUGGGUCCUGAAUUGCUUUCAUGCCAGUAGAAUUACUCCCAGAAUUACUGAUGAUAAAAUUGGCAGAUGACUCAUUUAAUUUGAAGGUGGAAAAUGCUACAUGGAAAGUCAUCAAUAUAAAAAAAAAAAUGGCAUGCUGAGAACUAUUAAAGGACACCAAGGGCACUCAGACAGAAACAUUCAUUUAAGGUAAUUUGUCUAGGAACAAAAACUGUAAUCCUGCUCAUGGCGUGGUCUCUGUCUCAUGAAACAGUGAUUUUAGAAAGCUGCUAAUUCACAUUCACUAGUCAGUUGAAGAUUUACAGGUCACUGUGUCCUCUUGGAUAAGGAUUACCAAUAUUCUUAGCCAAGGCAAUACCAAGUAGAAUUGAAGAGGUUGUGUAAUUGUGUUCUUAGCACUGAUGCAAGCACUCCCAGGAUAUUUCAAACACUUACUGCAUUCACAUGUUGUAAAGAACAUUGUGAAAUUGGAAAGAAUAUGAAUAUCAUAAAUUUAACAGAACUUAAGAAAUAAGUGAUUUAAUCAGAGUUUAUAAGUAGCAUUUUCUAGGAUACAGUAGUUUGAAGGCAGAGGACUACUCAUCUGAGAGGAGAAAAAUCUGGUAUAGUCAACUGGAAAUUUGCGUUAGGGAUAUGCAGCAUAGAAAUAAAGGUGAAAAUUGUUGAUAGAGUUGGUCAUUAGCUAGUGAAAUUACUGUCACCAAAAAUCCUUGAAUUCAUAUUGGAUAUAUUGCCAAAAAAGAUACUGGAGCAGCUGUUGAAAGUCAGGGACUUCUGAUGGCUUUAGUUUAGGAAAAGACUUGAUUAGGUUAACAGAGUUCUUUGACUUUAAAUCUGUUAAUACUUUGCUGAAUAAAGGCAUAUAUGUUUACACAUCAGAAGCAUCCUAGUUAAAAGAAGAGACUUCAGGUCCUUGCCAAGUCUACUGUUAAGAUAUCUCAGAGCCACCUAGAAUAUAAUUCUUUGACCUCGUCCAAGCCAUCAGGGGAUAUUCCAGUAUUCUUUUCUCAGAGUUGGCACCUUUUACUUAAGUAAGCUGAUUAUUCAAGACAGAAAAAUGCACAAAUUUACCUAUUUUUGUUGUUGUUGAAAAGAGCUCCCUGAGGAGUAACAUUUAAUAGCCCAGUUAAUGGCCACUCAACCUCCAGGUGAAUGAGACUAAUUUUUUUACAUUAGGAAGAUUAGGCUAGGCCCAGCAAUUAAGGUAAUCCAUUACAGAUGAUCUCUGUUGUUCAUCUGUUCCUGUACAUAAAACUUCCUGGGACUCCAAGGAUGGAUUUUCACAAUGAAGAAUUUGCUGCCAACAAUGCAUAUGCCUUAAUUUUCUUGUCCAUUCACACUGGCAUUUUUUUAGUUUUGCAGUUACAGAUGGCAUCAGUUGACUUUGGCUGACAUGUUCAUCCUUCAGGGAAAAGAAAUUAAUCAAUUCUGAAAUUAUGUAUGAUAAAGUCAGCUGAGUACUUAUCUUAAUCCUUUAUCUGUUGUGGCUUUUGAAGCAGUGCAGCACACAGCUGCAGAAACGAUGCCUGAAACCAGUUUGGAUUAAACAGAGGAUCAGUCAACCAUUGCACAAUACCUAUUACCAUGUUUACUUAGCUUUAAUUUAACUGGGGUCCAUCUGUGCUGCUCUGCUUAAUGUCAGUGAGGUUCCUUUCAGCUUGCUAUAUUUAAGAAGUCUGUAAAGAAAUUUGAGAAGCAAAAUAAUGUUAUAAUUCUAAGGACUAAUUAAAGCUUCUUUUAUCAGAACUUUUUUAGCUUGCAGAAGGUCCUAAAGGCUUUGUGUCUUAUUUUUAUAAGCAUGUUUGAAAUAUUUUGAUCAGAUAUUUUUAACUUGAAAUUGUUAAAAUUCAUUUAUUAGAUUUUUAAAGUAAAAUGUGUAAAUAUAGAACUGUAUUUAUUAUUACAGUGAAAUGCAACUACAGUAAAGGACAUGAGAUUAAGCCUUGUACAGUUUCAUAUUGAUAUUUGCUAUA